AUGUCGCAAGGAUUAAUCUUCAUCACCGGAGCCUCUGGGUUUAUUGGCAGUGCCACUGCACUGGAGGCUGUCAAAGCCGGAUAUCGCUUGAGAAUCUGCCUUCGCAAGCCGUCUGAACAGCUGAAGAGUGUACUAUCAGCGUAUAGCAAGCAGAUUGAGUUCGUCAUCGUCCCAGACAUCACCGACGAGUCGGCGUUUGAUGGCAAGCUACAAGGCGUGGACUACGUUUUCCACCUUGCAUCGCCUCUACUUCAUGGAACCGACAAGGAGACUUACUUCAAACCGGCCGUGGAGGGGACCACCGCGUUGUUGAAGGCGGCGGCAAAGGUGCCGAGCAUCCAGAAAGUGGUAGUCACAUCCUCGAUCGCUGCGUUGAUUCCAUUGACUGGACUUCCAGAAGGUGGUGUGAUCAAAGAGGACAAUGAUUGGGAUUUCUCAGUCGAUGUGAAUGGAUCGUUCGAGGACCCGGAAAACCCAGCUGGGACCCAAAUGCGACUGUACGUCGCCUCGAAGCACCUUGCAAACAAAGCAACCUGGGACUUUUGGACAACCACCAAGCCACAUUAUGCAUUGGUCACGCUCCAUCCCGCCUUUGUGUACGGACACAAUCUCGUACAGACUUCCGCCGACGGUGUCUGGUCAGGCUCUAACGCCAACCUGUGGGGAUUGAUCAUGAAAAACAAUCCCAGCUCUCUGACUGGAGUCCACAUUCGCGAUGUGGCCGAGGCUCACGUCAAAACACUCGAUCCGAAGAUCGUGGAUGGCUCGAAAUAUCUUCUGGUGGGACCAAAGUCCUCUGGCGCGGAGAUUGCGAGCAUCGUGCAGAAAUAUUAUCCUGAUUCCGGCGCGUUGGUCAAUGAGAACUCUGUUGGAAGCGUCUGGCCAACCGAUACGACCAAGGCUGAGGCCGAGCUUGGAAUUCAGUGGCGCUCAUACGAGGAGAUGGUUCGGGAGAUCAUGGAUCAGCAGCUUGCCUUUGUGUAA